UGUUUAGAGCGGUUGAUUGACUCGGCUUGAUAGCUUGCCGCCUGCGCGAUAUCCUGGAGAUUUUCGCGCCUCAUCUAUUUUAUGUUUUACAUUGCAUGUGACAUUUCACUAUGGGUGCAUAUUUAUCAGAACCGGUUACUGAAAAAGUUUCCAGCGAUGAAUCAAACAGUAAACUUGAGUGCGGGGCAAGCUCCAUGCAAGGAUGGCGUGUCAAUCAGGAGGAUGCACACAAUACAGUGUUAGAUUUCGAUGAACAUACAUCUCUGUUCGCUGUAUACGAUGGCCACGGGGGCGCGGAAGUGGCAACUUAUUGCUCCAAGAAUCUCCCGGACUAUAUUAAAAAUACUGAGGCAUACAAAAAUGGGGACAUGACAAAGGCACUGGAGGAUGCAUUCUUGGGAUUUGAUGCCAACAUUGCUACCAAAGAGGUUAUGGCUGUGUUGAAGGAAUUAGCAGGUGAAAUCAAUCCACCAGGACCCAGUGAUAAUGAGGAAUCGGAAGAUGAAAAUGUUAGCAACUUAUACCAAGAAGCACAUCUUCCUCUUCAGGAAGUGCUAGCUAAGUACGAGAACAAGUUGAGCUCCCUGCACCGCGCCCGGCUCGGCGACACCGCCACGCCGCUCUCCCCGUGUCUGCGCGCCAAGAAGAACCCUGACGAGGCUGGGGGAUCUGGUCUCGGAGCGUCGAUCUCUAGCGCUUCCGCCUCCGGCUCAAGCCCUGCUGCAGAGGAAGGCCCGUCAUGCUCCGACCCUGAAGAAGCCAAACCUGAUGAGGACACCGGAGGCGUGUCCUCGACGAACUCGAAUGACCAAGAUAAAGACGUCAAUGGAGAGGUUUCCACAAGCGACUCGGCAAAAGAGUCCAUGGAGGUAGACAAAUCCACAGCUCCUGACAGCUCUGCCGACAACUGCACACAGCCCAACCAGAGCGAGGACGCCAAGCCCAGCAACGGCGCUGACGUCUGCAACGGAGAGGUCCCGGAUUCCAAGCAGGGCGAUGGAGAAGAGAGUAAUAUUACGUCUUCGAAUGGAUCCACGUCGCCGCAGAAGGGGAAGAAUAAAGCCAAACUGUCACCUGUUUCAAGCACAGACAAAGUCCCCGAGAGGCCUAAGAAGGCCAAACUCCGCCGCGCCGCCGCCGCCGUCUACGAAAGCCUAAUGCGGCAGGCCGCGGAGGAAGAAGAUGAUGAGAGCGACUCCAAUGAUGAAACCUUCGAGGGUGGGGAAAUCAACUCUUCUGAUGAGGAGAAUGUCAAUGGAGUUGAGGAUUCUUCUAAUGAAGGCGAAGAGGAGGAAGAGGAUGAAGAGGAUUACGACGCAGAAUCCAGUGACGAAGAUGUUGAGGAGGAUCUCUCCAUGACCGAGGAGCCCGGCAAUGACAGCGGCUGCACAGCUGUGGUGGCCUUACUCAAAGGUAAUGAGCUGUACGUCGCGAACGCCGGAGACUCCCGCUGCAUCAUAUGCCGAGAAGGCAAAGCCGUCGACAUGUCCAUAGAUCACAAACCCGAAGACGUUCCCGAACUGGAGCGAAUCACAAAAGCGGGCGGCAAAGUCUCCAACGACGGACGCAUUAACGGCGGCCUAAACCUCUCCAGAGCCAUCGGCGAUCACUCCUACAAGCAGAACAAGGAAUUGGACGCCAAAGAGCAAAUGAUCACGGCUCUGCCAGACGUCAAAACGUUAACCAUCGACCCCAUCAAGGAUCAGUUCAUGGUUCUGGCUUGCGACGGAAUAUGGAACUUCAUGUCUAGUCAAGAUGUAUGCGAUUUCAUUCUGCCGAGGUUGGCGGAAGGGAGGGAGCGGUUAUCUCAAAUUUGUGAGGAGAUGUUCGAUCACUGCCUGGCGCCGGGCACGAUGGGCGACGGCACGGGCUGCGACAACAUGACGGCCAUCAUCGUGCGCUUCAAGGACGGGCUGGUGGCCGACGUGGCCCAGGCCGAGGGCCGCAAGCGCUCCGCCGACGCCGACGACCAGCCCGACUCCAAGCGGCAGAAGACCGACGACGACAGCUCGCAAGUGACGUCCAGUGUGUAAGACUGUGUUCGCUACACUUAGUAUUGUGAUAUUGUUUGAUUGAGACUGUAAUGUGAAGGAAUGCCUUUUGAAAGGCGUGUUGCUAUUUAAUUUCUUAUGUUUAAAUGAUCUUAGUCUUCUCGUAGUCAGUUCAAUCAUUUUUUGUUUUGGAUUAUUUAGUUGUCUGUUUCCCAAAAUAUCUGCUCCAAGGUAAAAUUUUCCCAGAUCGUCCUUACGCCAUAAAACUCAUCUAAUAAGACAUGUUUUUUGCAACAUAUGUUUCCCAAAUAACCUGUUCUUUUGACAUCCUUACGCUUCUUAUUCUGUCCGUUAUCUGAAUCACCCAUUCCCAAAAUAUCCUGUUGCUAAAAGACCCAAUAACGCAAAUUUUCUCAGUUGUCACAUUGCGGGUCCUGAUAGACGCCAGAUGACUACUAGCCGUUUCCUAAAAUGGUAAUGGUCUGGUAAUGAGGGUUUCUUAGUAAAAUUAUAUUUUUGCAAAAACUGGGAAACGAAGUAGGAUAAGGAUUUUUCAAGAAAACGAUAAUGUCGGGAUAGGACGUUUUGGGAACCGAUCAUUUAGAAAAAAAUAUGAGUAAUGUCCAAAAAUCGUUAUCUGGAAAUUGAACAUUCAUUUAAGAUCGGAAACGGUUAUAUUGGGAAACUGAUAGCACAAUCCUGGUAAUUUUUGUUUACAUGCUCCCUCUGAAGUGAAGUUCUCAUCCGGUGCUUGUUAUGGGAUUAAAGUAAGCAAAAAGUGUCCUUUUUUUUGUAAUAUUUCGUUUUCAUUGUAAUUUUAAAAUUAAAUAAGAGGGAGUCAAUUGAGAUCUUUAUCUGCAUCUUUUUGACAAUUGCAAGUAGCUUGUAAGCAGCUAAUGUAAGUUAAAAUAGUGAUUCAAUCUACGAUUUAACAUUUAUAUUCAUUUUUGGAUGAAUAUUACGUACAUAUUUUUUUCACAAGAACUAUUUGGUCGCUAGUGGAGGCAAGUUUUUAAUGUUAUAGACAUUUCAAUGGUAAUUUAAAUAGAUUGACGUAAGCGGGAACUUUCCUUAUAAUGUAUGUAUUAAAAAUGUAAAUGACUAUGCUGAUCUUAAGCAUGUGAAGUAUUGUUAGAAGAAACUAAAUUAUGUUCAUGUUUUGGUGUUUGGAUAAUAAAUUGUGGAUUGGAAUGAAAUGUUGAUUGAAAUCAAUCGUAAUCUAAUUCAAUUGCCUUUGUUAAUUGCUUUAUAUAAUAAGUAGUAUAUUUUUGUAAUCACAUGUGUUUAUAAACAACAUUUAGGCACUAUGUAAGGUUAGUUGGUGUACGAUUAAUUCCAUACGAUGUAUAAUUAAAAUGUUCUGUCUCAAUUCAUUUGAGUAGCCUGGUGUUUACUGACUGAAUUACUGUUCGAUAACCAUGGGUUAAUUUUCAAUCAAAUACAUCGUACCAGGAAAGACUGUUUAAUUAAUUUAUGAAGCUGGAUUAUUAAUAUACUUACGUUCAUAACCCCAUUUAUACUACAUUAAUAACAUUUCACGUGUGUUUCGAAGAAAAUACAUUUUUACAGACUG